AGAGCCAAUUGCCUUAUUGUUUUUUAAUGCGCAGAAUAAUCAACGAAUUGAAGAACAAUUCAAUCAGAAACUGUAUAGAAAGACAUACAGCAUUACAUCGGGGAUAAUCUAAAGUGAUACAAUCUCAAUAAGUAUAAUAUUCAAGAAUGCGAGCGACACACAAUUAAGUUAUAUAUUAUAGCAUGUAUGGAAAUAUUAAUGGAUUAUACUUGUAUUUCUUAUAAUGAUUAGCUCUUCCCGCUGUGCAAUAUUGUAAGAAAUAAAUCAAUUCGUAAAACAUUCCCACACCAUUCCUUAUGGACAAUACUUUACGAAAUAAGAUUAGCUUUCCGUGUGCUAAUCUAUUACACAUUUGUUAGUGUUUCUAUCACGGAUUGUGUGAUGUACGUUAAAUCCAGAUUAUAAAAUAAUUUAAUCAGUUCAGAAGUAUAUGCCAGUGACAACAAAUUGUCCACACGGUUUUACAAAUUCAGUGUAUUUGUUAAGGAGAUUUACUGAAGAAUAAAACUAUUUGAGCUGUUAAACUACAAACAUGAGUGUAUUACAUGAUUAUAUCAGUGGCGCAAAUGGUACCAAUAUGAAAAUAGAUCAACGUUUGAACAAUAUAAAAAUCAUAAGCCUUGAAGAUACAAACAUUAGCAGCUAUAACGAAACACCUACUGCAGAAACACUGAACCAGCUGAACGCUAGGUAUGCAGAAGCAUUACUUCCGUUUACGGUCAUCCUCGGAUUUUUUGGUAUCAUUGGAAUUAUUGGCAAUUUACUAGUUUUUAUUGUUUAUGGGUUUGGGAAACAAUUUAAGGACAAGAAAUUUCGAUAUUAUGUAUUGACUCUGGCAUUUAUUGACUUUAUAACAUGUUUGACAUUGAUACCAGCAGAGAUGAUGAAACAUGUGAGUUAUUUCAAGUUUACAGAAAGAGAAUUGUGUAAAACAAAAUGUUUUUUCAACGUGUUUGCUGCCUCGUCGGCAUCAUAUUGUUUGACUCUUAUUGCAGCAGACCGCUACAUUAUGACAUGUCAUCCAAUUUUCUUCGCUAAGCUACAGAAAUACUCGUUCAGUUUUGCUGCCAGACUAUGUAUACUGAUGCAAUUUCUAGCGUUAUUGACGUCAUUACCUGCAGCAUUUUUGUGCGGAAUUACACAAUCAACGAUGACAGGCAUUAAUGGGUCUGAAAUCAAUGUUUACCUGUGUGAAACUGAACCUUACUAUGAGUCUAACCCGCUUAGAUAUAUUUACCGCAUCCUGCUGUGCGCAACACAAACAAGUAUAAGCAUUAUCAUGAUAAUACUGUAUGCCCGUAUCGGCCACGCUGUUAGGACAGUUAUGAAAAUUCGUGAAUGUAAGCAUGGUACGAUAAAAAUGGCCGAGUUAAAAUUAUACGGUGGGGAACAGUCUAAUUCUGUAACACAUGGUUGUCAUGCAUGUUCACAAAGCAUUCCCAGCAAGAUCAAACUAUUAUUUGUAGUGACUGUUGUGUUUAUAGUAACGUAUCUAUGUUACAUGUCGCUUUCAUGGGUAGACCAAACAAAACUUUCGCCCACCCAAUUUUUCUUCUUCUCUGUUGCUUUUCGUUCAUAUUUCAUUCAUAGUAUCAUUAAUCCAUUUUUAUACACAAAAAUGGAUAGGUAUUUUAGGAACCGUUGUCUGAAAUUAUUUAGACAUUGCCUACGUUGCUAAAUCGUUUUAUAUGCUUUUGAAUAAUAGUAUCAUCUAACUAGUAAGCUAACUUUAGAAAUACAUACAUUGUAUUACAAUUUGUAAAACGAAAUGGUGUAAAAGAAUGCUUUGAAUCUCCUAUAUGCCUCCUAUAUGGAAAUUUUAAAAAUUGUAUUUUUUCCCAAUUUUGUAAAUGUAAUAUACAAAUGUCAAAAUAGCGAUCCGAUUGAUUUGAUCAUGUGUUACAUUCCAGGUUUAUGAUUGUGAUGUGUAGUUAUCUUGUGUGUGAUAUUUUAUUUGAAGAUGUGCGCAUAUAUUUGGUAACAGUGAAGUAUCAAUAUGAAAAGUUCAAGUAUAAUUAUAGAAUAAAUAUAUUUCUAUGUUUAUAAUUCAUUUAUUUUGUCUGCUUCAUGGCUGUGAAACGGGAAAAUAGUUAAAUUGUUUGUCAGGAUAACAAAAACAAUGCGAUACUAGAAAGACAUCAACUCUACAAGAUGAAUUUACCCGAACCAAUGGCUUCAUAAUUCAGACACAUACAUACCAUACUUGGCUAGUUUCUUUUGUCUGAGUUAUGUCUCUUUUAUUACUGGUUAAUCUAAACCGGCAUGUUUGAUAUAUCUCAAAUUCUGCAUGUACAAAGGGCUUCAUAAUUUACACACAUAAAAUGUGCAUGAUAUUUCUUAAUUGUAUAACUAUGCAAUAAAAUUUCUCA